GUGUCGGCAGCUUUUAGAUGUAAUUAUAAAUGAUUAUUCGUCGUUUAGAAUAAUAAUGGCUUCAACUAGCACUAAUCCCGUAUACUAUGAAGAUAUUCCACCUGGUACUCUCAAUGAGGAAGAUUUUAUUUGCACCGAAAAAAUUGUGCCAAGAAAAAUAAAACCCCAAAACAUUGUAGUUCGACUCAUGGAUAGAGAAAUUUACGGCUCCCGGCGACCAGGCGCUCAUUUUCAUGUUGUCCGCGAAUACUAUCAAAAUGUUUUUCCAAAUUUGACCAUAGUCAAUGUUGAAAAGCCACCGUGCUUCCUAAGAAAAUUUAGUCCAGACGGGAAACAUUUCAUAGCGUUUUCUGCAGAUCAAAUGUCUCUAGAAAUAUAUGAGUAUCGGGGAGCUGCUGCUGCUGCAGACUUGGUUGCCGGCUAUCCUCUGGACUUGUUAAAUGCUGAUGCUGACGUUCAUUACAGGAUAAGGACGCACAUAUUUUAUAGGUUUUUUAAGCCAAAAUUCACAGUUAAUGUGUGUGUGCAAAGAGUGUUUGAGAGGCUACCAAACAACCCGCCGAUGGAGCAACAGCUGAACAGAGAGUGUAGCCUGUUCACGGAAGAUGGCCGCUAUGUGAUCAUUGGUUCCGCUGCUCAUAUCCCUGAUGACUUGAGACCUCACUUCUAUCAUAUACAUAGUAACAAUGAAGCAGUUACACCAACUAUAAGGUCUGCCUUGGAAGACUACUCCCUUCAUUUAGUAGAUUUACACCAUGGAAAGUUGUGUGACACCAAACAUUUUAGAAUAGACAAAAUCUAUUUAUCACAUAACCAAGGCAUUUAUCUAUACAAAGAAGUGUUGGCAGUGUUGUCAGUGCAACACCAGACCAUACACCUGUUUCAAAUUGUAGACGGAAUGCUGAUAGAAAUCAGGAAAAUCGGCAGGUUUUGUUAUGAUGAUGAUCCUUUCCUUGUGAACUCUGUGUUUGCACCACCAGCUAAUGAGAGGCCUUUCCAUGAAGAGACAAUAAAUAGCCUAAAGCACAGGCUUCUUGUAUUUCUGUUUAAAAGAGCCAAGUCCAUCAGUGAUGAAACAAAGGAUCCUCUGGAAUUAAGGAAGUUUUAUAAAUACUUUGACAUGUUCAAAAGCUUAAGGAUGUGGAAGAUGCAAUUGUUAGAUGAAGACCAUUUAUUUAUAAAAUAUGCGAGCGAGGAAGUGGUCACACUGAGGGUGGCUGAACCAAAUAGUCAAUCAUCAUUCUUUGUCAUUUACAAUAUUAGUCAAAGUAAAAUACUGGAAGUGUACGAAAACACAUCAGAGGGGCUGUUGCAAUUAUUUGAAAAUUAUUGUGACUGCUUUAGAAAUGCCAGACUGUGUGCAGAUUCGCAGUUCACUUGUUCUCCUUCCAACAACUUGUAUGCUAGACUGACACAGCAGAGGUUUAAACAAACCAUAGUGAGAGCCAUCUAUGGCGGCCGGACAGAGGCUACAAAAAGAAUUCUGGCUCAACUACCAAUAAGUGCACAGUCUUACAGUGGAUCUCCUUAUCUAGAUUUAGGAUUAUUCAGUUAUGAUGACAAAUGGGUAUCAGUUAUGGAAAGGCCUAAAGCUUAUGGAGAAUAUCCUAUUAGAUUCUACGCCCGCGACUCAGGCCUGCUCAAGUUUAAGAUCUACGCGGGCGUGCUGGGGCAGUCGGUGCCGGCGUCGGCGCGCCGCCUCGUAGCCUUCACGUUCCAUCCCACAGACCCCUUCGCCAUCUCCGUGCAGCGCACCAACGCUGAAUACAUCGUCAACUUUCAUAUCAGAAACGCUGUCUUGAGCUGACGUCCGCUGUGUCCCCAUCAAGCUGUUCAACUGGCUGGUUUUAGCUAGUUGGAUUGUGACAAUGUCUGGUGUGAUAUGUGUGGCAGUUGGCGGAAAACUUAUCACUCGGUUUUGAGUAUAGUCCAUUUAAGCGCGCUAAGAUUUA